CAACAGUUUGUGUUAGCCGUUAGCCGUUAGCCGUUAGCUGAGGCGGAUUUGUAGUUUUUAAAGUGUUUAAAAUGUUUUUUAUUUUAACAGUUUGUGAGUGACGCUCGCGCAGCAGCUUCCGGUUCAGCAGGAUCACAGACGGAGAGGUCCUCCUCUCAGCAUGCAGUCGGAACUUCUGAUUGGGUGGCAGCAGGAGAAGGCGGAGCUUAAACAGGAGGUGUGUCGCCUGCAGGAGGAGUUGGCAGAGAGCCGAGCAGAGAGGGAGGAGCUGGAGUCCAGGAGCAGAGUCCUGAAGGAGCGGCUGGUGCAGUCUGUGUGUCCUCCUCUCGGUGUCUCCCUGCAGCUGGAGGAGGAGCAGAGGGAGGAGAGGAGGAGGGUGAGAGGGAGAGAGAGGGAGGCGCGACAGGCUCUACUACUCAUCCACCGCCUGCAGAACAAGGUUUUGGAGUACAGAGAUCGAUGUCAACAUUUGGAGCUUCAACUGCAGGACGAACACACACAGCUGACCAACACCGAGCGGAGAAUCAGAGAUGAACAUAGCAGCUCUCUGGAGAGCGCCCUCAUCAGGUUGGAGGAGGAACAGCAGAGGUCAGUGGGUCUAGCUGACACUAACGCCCUCCUCCGGGAGCAGCUCAGCCAAUCAGAGCAGGCCAACCAGGCGCUGAGGGCGGACCUCCAGAAGCUGACAGCUGAUUGGAGCAGAGCGGUGGAGGAGGCGGAGCAGAGAGAGGAUGACUGGCAGAGAGAGAGAGAGGGUCGUCUGGGUCAGGUGGGUCAGCAGCAGGCUCGGCUGCUGUCACUGUGGAGGUCUGUGGUCGCUCUGAGACGCCACUGUCACACCGUCAAGACCGCCGCCGACAGGGACCUGUGGGAGCUGAGGGCGGAGUUUUCUCGUCUCUCCUCCUCUCUCCUCUCUGGCUGUGACUCCGUCUCCUCCUCCCUGAGGCUCAGUGCUCCUCCCAUCACCUCCUCCUCCUCUCUGCCUCCCGCUCCUCCCCUCUCUGACCUUCCCCCACCUCCUUCCUCUCCUCCUCUGUCCUCCACCCUGAUUCUCCCCCCUCUAGACUCCUCACCAUCUCCUCCUCCUCUCAUCUCCUCCUUCAACCUGGAAACUCUCUGCUCAGGAGAGCUGGAGCCCAAAGUGGAGGAGAAGGAGGAGAAAAGGAGGCGGGAGGAGGAGGAAAAGGAGCGAGACAUUUCAGAGAUGAAGCUUCUCCAUGAGACUGAAGUUUCUCAGCUGACAGAGCGGAUCUCGGAGCUGUCUCGCUGUCUGCAGCAGGCUGAGGACAGUCAGAGGGAGGACAGAGACAGAGAGGAGGAGGAGACACAGAGACACGAGAGGAGUCUUCAGUCUGUCAGUCAGGCUGUGGUCAAACUGUCCAGAGUCCUGAGCAGCACCUCCUCCAGCAGCAGCUCUGUGUGCGUCUCCUCAGACAGUGUCCUCAGUCUGGACCUGUCCUCCCUGCUGUCUGUCCUGUCUCAUGCUGAGAGCGCCCUGCAGUGGAGACACCAGGAACUGCAGGGGGCGGAGCUUUCUCUACGGCGGCUCGGCGAGGAGAAAACGGCCGUGGAGCUGCGACUGAAACAGCUGGAGGACGACAACCAGCUGCUGCAGACACACACACAACACACACAACUGGAGCUCACACACACUCUGGAGCUGCUCAACAGGUGUGAAUGCACGAGAAAGAUGUUGUUUGAGCUGAGGAGGGACAGAGACAGACAGGAGGACAUUAACAGACAGCUGGAGACUCAAACACUUGGACGAGUGGAGGCUGAGCUGCUGGAGAACGUCCAGCUGACGGAGAGAGAGACUCUGCACCGCGUGGAGAUCCACGCUCUUAAGGGGGCGCUGGAGAGACAGCAGCUGGACACACAGAGAGCAGAAGAAGAAGCUGCUGACGCCAGAGACGCCCUGCAGAAAUGCAGGGAGAGUGUGUUGUGUCUCUCGUCCUCUGAGUGUGUGUUGAGACGGGAGGUGGAGGAGGGACGUGACGCUCUGGACAAGAUGGCCGCCCUGAAUUCGUCUCUUGCAUCAGAUAAGAGACACUUGAACAAACAGCUGCUGCAGCUGGAGUGUGAGCUGUCUGACAGCCAAUCACAGCUGCAGGCUCAGAGGUCAGAGGUCAGUGCUCUGCAGAGGGAGGUCAAAGCCCUGAACCAGGACUGCAGCCAGCUCAGAGCUCAGAGGGAGGAGGACGCCUCUGUAGUCUGUCAGCUGAGAGACAGAGAGACAGACCUUGAAAAAGACAUGGAGGAGAAGGAGAGACAGCUGGUCUGUCUGAUGGAGGAGCAAGGGAGGGAUGGAGGCCAGCUGGAGGAGCUGUCCUCCCAGCAUGUCUUGGUGUGCGUGGAGCUGAAGGAGGUGCAGGAGCAGCUGCGGCAGGUGGGGGAGGAGGUGCGGAGGAGAGACCGGCUGCAGGAGGAGCAGCAGAGGGAGAGCAGGAGGCUGCAGGAGGAGCAGGACAGAUUGCAGAGACAGAAGGAGCAGCUGGAGGAGGAGUGCAGGAGCUCAGGGGAGAUCGAGUGUCUGAGAGGAGAGCUGGAGAGAACGACAACCAGGAGAGAGGAGGACAGCAGGAGGAGAGAGGAUGAAAUACAGCAGGCGGAGGUCGAGAAGGAGAGACUGGAGGAGGAGGCAAAGAGAGGGGAGAUCAGCGCAAAAGAGGAGGAGGUGAGGAGGGAGGAGGAGAUCGAGGCACUCUGUGACCGGAUGGAGAGACUGGAGGGAGAGAAGGAGGAGAGGGAGGAGGAGGUGGAAAGACUGAGGAGUGAAGGAGAGGAAGCGGAGAGAAAGAGGAGGAGGGCAGAGGAGGAGAUCAACAGACUGAGGAGAGAAACCUCCAAACUACAAGAGGAGGAGGAGUGCGAGGAGAUGAAGGAGGAGGUGGAGCGGAGGGAGCGCAGCCUGGAGCGACAGAUGGACGCCGUGAGGGAGAGGGAGGAGGAGGUGGAGGAGCUGAAGGAGCAGCUGAAGCUGGCAGAGGAGCAGAGGGAGAAAGGAGAAAGGGACCGUCUGGAAGCGAACGAUAAACUGAAGCAGAAGGAGGCGAGGGAGGAGCAGCUGGAGGCACUGCUGAAAGAAACCUGGGCACUCCUGGAGAAAGAGAGGAGGGAGGGAGGAGAAAAAGACAGCAGGGUCUCCUCCCAGGCCAGGGAGCUGCAGGAGGUGCGAGCAGAGAGAGAAGGAGCAAGGAAGAGGGCCAGAGAGAGGGAGGAGGCCCAGAACAGGCUGGAGGAGGAGGUGAAGGAGUGGAGGGAGAAGGCAGAGGGGAGUAUGAGGGAGGUGGUGAAGCUCAGCCACAUGCUGAAGCAGCGAGAGGAGGAGGUGCAGCGGCUGAGAACCACGCUGGAGGAGAUGGAGGAGGAGGAUGAGAGAGAGAGGGAGGUGCUGAGGAGGAUGGAGGUAGAGAGGAAAAGGAGGCUGGACAGCAAGCUGACAGAGGUGGAGGGGGAGAAGAGGAGGCUGGAGGAGAAAGAGCAAAGAGAGGAGCUGAAGAGGAAAGAGGAGGAGAAGAGGAGGCUAGAAAACAAACUGAAGGAGUCAGAGGAGGGGAGGAAGGGAGAGGAGGAGGUGCUGCAGAGGGUGAGGGAAGAGAAAAGGAGGCUGGAGGAUGAGCUGAGGGAGGUAAACGAGGAGCAGGUGAGACUGGUGGAGGCUGAGAGAGGUCAGCACCUCCUGGUGGAGGAGAGAGGGAGGUCCAGAGUGAGAGAGUUGGAGGAGGAGAAGGCUGGACUGUCGCUGGAGCUGAGGAGGAGGGAGAGGGAGGUGACAGCUCUCAGAGAGGAGGUGCAGAGAGAGCGGGAUAAGACACAAGAGGAGCUGGUGAGGAGAAGGGAGGAGGUGUCAGUGCUCAGAGAGGAGGUCAUGAGGGAACAAAGGGAAAAGGAGGAGAUACAGGAGAAACAGAGGAGGACAGAGAAGGAGGUGGCAGCUGUCAGAGAGGAGGUGAAAAGGGAACAAAGGGAGAAGCAAAUGGCCCAGGAGGAGAUAACAGCCCUCAAGGAGCAGGUGCAGAAGGAGCAGAGGAGGACGGAGGAGGUACGGCAGGAGCUGAGGAGGGCUGAGAGGGAGGUGACGGCUCUCAGAGAGGAGAUGAAAAGGGAACAAAGGGAAAGGAAAGAGGCUCAAGAGGAGUGGAGGCAGAGAGAGGAGUUACAGGAGGAGCAAAGGAGGACCGAGAGUGAGGGGGAGGUGUCUGCAGUUAGAGAGGAGGUGCAAAAACAACACAGAGAGAAGAUGGAGAUGCAGGAGGAGCUGAUGAAGAGGAGAGAAGAGGUAACGUUUCUCAGAGAGGAGGUGCAGAAGGAGUGGAAGCAGAAGGAGGAAAUACAAGAGGAGCUAAAGAGGACCAAGCAUGAGUUAAAUGUCACCACAGAGGAGGUGCAGAAGGAGUGGAGGGAGAAGGAGCAGGUACAAAUGAAGUUAUUCAGAGCAGAAAAGGACAUGACAGCUGUCAGAGAGGAGGUGCAAAAGGAGCUGAGAAGGAGGGAGGAGGUUCAGGAGGAGCUGAGGAGGACCAAGAAUGAGUUGAGAGGCAUCACAGAGGAGGUGCAGAUAGAGAAGGAGCAGGUACAAGAGAUUUUAAGGAGGACGGAGAAGGAGGUGACAGCUGUCAGAGGGGAGGUGCAGAAGGAGCAGAGGAGGAGAGAGGAGGCCCAGGAGGAGCUGAGGAGGACCAAGAAUGAGUUGAGGGCCAUCACAGAGGAGGUGCAGAUGGAGAAGGAGCAGGUACAAGAGAAGUUAAUAAGGACGGAGAAGGAGGUGACAGCUGUCAGAGAGGAGGUGCAGCGGGAGCAGAGGAGGAGGGAGGAGGCCCAGGAGGAGCUGAGAGGAGUGCAGGAGAGCAUGGAGGAGAUGGUGGGGAACCUGAGCUCCCUGCAGACACAGGUGUGUGAUCUGAGGAGGAGCAGGGAGCAGGUGAAGCAGGAGGUGAAGGAGAAGGAGGAGGAGAAGCAGCAGAUGAAGGAGGGACUCAGGGUCGCUCUGGAGGAGAUGACCAAGCUGAAGCUCCUCCUGCAGGAGAGCCACGCAGAGGGGGAGCGUCUGAGGAGCACCCUGCAGGAGAAGAAGGAGGAGGCGCAGCGCUUCAGAGAGGAGAACCAGGAGGUGCAGAGAGGAGAGGUGGAAGAGCUGAGAGCCAGAGCCAAGGCCCUGGAGAGGAGGAAGGAGGUGACAGAGGAGCUGCAGGAGGCCCGACAGGCGAAGGAGGAGGCCAAGGAGCAGAGGAGGGAGGCAGAGGAGAGGUGGAGGAGCAGAGUGGAGGAGAUGAAGGAGGAGCAGGAGGUGAAGCUGAAUGCCCUGUCCAGAGAAAUCCAGAUGCUCAGGGAGAGAGAAGAGGAGACGCAGAGUGAGUGGAGGUCCAGGGUGGAGGAGGCGAGGAGGGAGACUCAGGAGAGCAGGGAGGAGCUGAGCCAGGUCAGAGCCAGGAUGGAGGAGAUAGAGAAGAUGCCUGGACAGAGGAGGAGACAGCAAGGGGUGGAUGACAAGGAGGGAGGAGGAGCAGGAGGAGAGCAGGAGGAGGAGCAGAUCAGGAGGCUGCUGAGGCAGAGAGAAGAGGAGGUGUACACUCUGACUCAGAGGACAGAGGAGCUGGAGAAGGACAGGGAUCGCGUCCGAUUGGCUCUGGAGCAAACGGAGGCCGCUCUGAUUGGCUACAGGGAGAGAUCCCACCAACAGGAGCAGAGCCCGGGGGCGGGGCCUAACACAGAGCAGGCUGUCGGGGACAGACUGGUGGUCCUGCAGCGUCUGGUGGCUGAACUGGAGCUGGACCAGAAACAACUGAACAGGAAGAACACUCACCUGGAAAACCAGAGGGACAAGCUGAAGAGAGACAGAGACAAUCUAAGGGACACACUGAGACAGGUGGAGGCGGAACGGUCGAGGUUCAGACAGCAGCUGACUGACAGCAGCAGAUCUCAGUUGUCUGCAGACACCACAGAAGAAGAGAGGCUGCGGUGCAGAGUGAGGGAGCUGGAGGAGCAGGUGAGUCAGCUCCGUCUCUCAUUGGCUGUGGACCAGCGGCAGAGGGCGGAGUUCAUCCAGCAGUCCUCCAGGAACAGCCAAUGGCUGCUCUCUCUCAGGCACGACCUCACCGACUCGCUGGACGCCGUCACGCGCCGUCCAAUCCCGUCCGUCCUGGAGUCUGAGACGCAGCGAUUGGACCGCAGCCUGAGGGAGGAGGAGCUCAGGCUGUCCCUCAGCCAAUCGUAACACCUGAAAGUAAAAAAAAAAACUCUUAACUGAGGCUUCGGACCAAACAGACAGUUUGCUGUCGCUAUGGAAACGGUUAAAUAUUUUACAGCUUUUUUAGAAGGACAUUAAACAUCACACGAAACACGACGCAGGCGGCGUUCAGGAAACAGAGAGCAAGCGCUGCGAUCUGAGACCAUAUUUCAUGGUUUUCAUGGCAUCGAAACUUCUCUUCUCUAAAAGUUCUCGCAGAGUUUAUUAUUAUUAAUAAUUGAUAAGUUCAGAUUUUACAGGAAGACGAGUUUGUUAACGCUCAGACGGGUUCAUACGAACACACGAGCUCGUUAUAACGAAACAAGAACUGAAGCUGCUGUUUGAUCCGUUUUUAAAGCUUUAAAGUUAAAAGUCCGUCCGAAGGAGAAACUCCACCGAAUGUUACUGACUUAUUUAUUCUUUUCUAUUUAUGUUUAUAUUUUGUAUUUAUAUUUUCUUGUGUUUACAUUCUGACCCCUGAGCCGUGACACACUACAUUUCCCACGAUCCUCCAGUCUGAGCCGUGAGUCGGGCUCAUGUGAAGGUCAAAGGUCGCCUGUGUUUUAUGUAAAGUUGAAUAAAAACCAAAGUUUUGA